AAUAGACAAGUACCUAUUUAUUUUAUUAUCUAUGUGAUUGUAGAAGAAAUCGGCAUUGGGUCAUAAAAAUUAUAUUUUUGUGAAAAAGAACAUAAAUAAAACAAAAUCAGUUAUGGGAAAUUUCUCCUAAAAUGUUAACAAUUAUGUUUAAUUAAACUAAAUAAUAUCAAAAUGGUGUAUGAAACAAUCCCUCGAACGGUACGGAUAAUCUUGCUUGGAGAACCAGGAGUUGGUAAAACAUCAUUAUUACUUUCAUUGGUUACUGAAGAAUUUGCCGAACAUGCACCUCCUAAAGCUGAAGAAAUUACAAUUCCUGCUGAUGUUACCCCAGAACAAGUGCCAACUAAUAUCGUCGACGUGUGUCUGGCUGAACAAACUAUUGAGCAAGUUGCAGAAGAGAUAGAAAAAGCGCAUGUUGUUUGUAUAGUUUUUUCUGUCGAUAGACAAGAAACUCUAAAUAAAGUGGCUUCAUAUUGGCUACCUUUUGUAAGGGACAACAGCCCAGAUGAUUACCGCAAGCCUGUUAUUCUUGUUGGAAACAAAAUAGAUCUUAUUGAUUACUCCAUUAUUGAUAACAUUUGGGAUAUUGCUGAAGAAUACCCUGAAGUAGACAGAUGCAUAGAAUGUUCUGCGAAGACCUUAACAAAUGUUUCGGAAAUGUUUUAUAAUGCACAAAAAGCAGUAUUACACCCUAUUCAUCCAAUUUACUCUAUUGAGGAACAAGAGCUUACAGAGAGAUGUAAAAAGGCUCUGACAAGAAUAUUUAAAAUUUGUGAUAUUGAUGGUGAUGGUCUAUUAGAUGAUUAUGAAAUAACAAUAUUUCAGAAGAAGUGUUUCGAUACUCCUUUACAAUUACAGGUUUUAGAUGAAGUAAAAUCAGUAAUUGCACAAAAUAUUGCUGGAGGCAUAGAAAAUGAGUGUAUUACAAUGAAGGGAUUUAUAUUCUUGCAUUGUUUGUUUAUACAAAGGGGAAGAAAUGAGACAACCUGGACUGUUUUGCGCAAGUUUGGUUAUGAUGAGAGCUUAGAGCUUGUACACACUUACUUGUAUCCUAAUAUUAAGGUUCCCGUGGGAUGUACUUCAGAGCUGUCUUAUAAGGGGCAGCAGUUUCUGACUCAGUUAUUUGAGAAAUAUGAUCGGGACAGAGAUGGCAUGCUCAAUCCAACUGAACUUAAAAAUGUAUUUUCUUGUUGUCCUCGUAUACCUUGGCACAACUUACGUUACACUGUCCCAACUAAUGACAAGGGUUUUCUUACUCUACAAGGUUGGAUGUGUCGAUGGACUUUGAUGACUUUACAUGAUUUACAAAAUACUAGUGCAUAUUUAGCAUAUUUAGGCUACAAUUUUCUUGAAAACGAUACUCAGAAGUCAGCUAUACAUAUUACCAGAGAUAAAAAAGUUGAUAUAGCUAAGAAACAGUCAAGUCGGAAUGUAUAUCAAUGCCACAUUAUUGGUCCUAGAUCAUGUGGCAAAACUUCUAUAUGUAGGAGUUUUUUAGGAAUAGCACAUAAAAAAAUUAAACCAAAUAUGCAUGACAGAGGUGAUAAUAAUACAGAAAACAAUUGUUGUAUCAAUACAGUGCUAGUCUAUGGGCAGGAGAAGUAUCUAGUUUUGAAGGAAAUUCCCAUAACACGAGUGUCUGACCCACUACAACCCCAUGAAGUUAAUUGUGACGUGGCCUGCCUUGUAUAUGACAUUGCCGCUACUAGAUCAUUCGAAUAUAUUGCUAGAAUAUAUAUAAAAUAUUUCGCUGAAAGUCACAUCCCUGUCUUGAUUGUUGGCACCAAAAGUGAAAAUAUAAUGAUGAGACAGGAGUAUAUUCUACAACCAGACGUUUUUUGUAACAAAUAUCAACUACUGCCUCCGCAGUAUUUUAAUAUCAAAGAAAACAAACACGAUGUUUUUGUCAAGUUAGCAACUAUGGCGGCAUUUCCUCAAUUUCAAGCUGCUUGGAUUUUGUUCAGCAAACACAGGCAUCUUAAGCAUUUUGCAAGUUUGGCGGGAGAGAAUUCAUCGUGGUGGAAAGCCGGUAUUGGCGUUGCCGCAGCUACAAUUAUGGGCCUCAUGCUACUCAAGAUGUUGAGUUUUCAAAGUCGGUAGACAUUGGCUUAUGUAUUGGAUUUGUUAAACCUAGCCAGUAAUUAGUAUAGGCGAAAAAAUAUCUAAAAAAUAGUUUUAAUGAAUUCAGAAACAUCCAAUACAAACCAAAGAUAUGUGUAAUGCGUUGUGCGUACAUUGAUAAUUUUAAUUUCUGUUGUAAAUAAAAUAUUUUAAUUUAAAA